CUCAUCCGGGAGAAAAGCUUGACGUGGCAGCCGCUCAUCACUUCCCCUCCGGUCUCUCAGUCACCUUCGUGCGUCUGCGGGUUCCGGUUCGACAGGAGAACCGAUCCUGACCCGGGAGGAGAAUGUGGCUGAUCGCGUUGGCCGCCGUUCUUCAGUGCGUCUCCGGUUAUGAUGUCGACGUGAAGAAGCUGGAGGGAAUGGCGCGUGCGCGGGUGGAGACGUGUGGUGGAUGACAGCUCAACAGGCUCAGAGAGGUCAAAGCUUUUGUGACUCAGGAUAUUCCACUUUACCAUAACUUGGUGAUGAAGCACAUUCCUGGGGCAGAUCCUGAGCUUGUCCUCCUCAGUCACUAUUACGACGAACUUGAUAGGAUUGCUCUUUCUCACAUGACCCGCACUGAGAUCAAUGAGCUUUUGGGGAAACUGGGGUUCUACAAGAAGGAGAAGCCAGAAGAUGAGGUGCCAGAGGAGUUCCGCUUCUCCCCCGCCAAAGACAGCCCGUUUAAAGACGAGCCCCAGCACACAACAACCACCUCUGAGCCGAAAGCAGAAGCUGAGCACACUGACCUAUAACCUGCAGGAGCAAGUCCACCGUAGCUGCUGACAGAAAUGUUUGUAACAGGAGAAAGAUCUGGGAAACUUACAUCUAUGUGAUGAACCACUCCAAAUAAGCACCUAUUUUUCAUUCCACUUUUUUUGGGUGGUAUCAGGUUAUUUUGUGGGUGAUUUUCUACUGUCCAAACAGAAAUUACAAGUGUGUCUGUGAAAUGAUUCUUAUUUCCUCUUUUUGUGCGUCUUCCUUCCUGCUGUGGAACUGAAUGAAGCUUCAGGCUGAAAAUCUUCUGACCGGCCUGAGGCUGAUGCUAUUUGUUCUGCUGGGUAGGACGGAUGCACACAUUCUGGAGGAAAAGUUGUAAAAGAAGAAAAUAAAAACACUAAACCACC